AUGACAAAAAUUAUUCUCUACCUCGAUGCUGGCACCGAAUUACGUUCAUCACUAGAUCCAAUUAUAGAAACAAUCCGAACACAUGGUUAUUUUCUUACACAACAAAAAACAUUAAUUAUUGAUCAUACUGAUGAGCAAACAUUUACAGCAUUGAAUACGAGUAAAAAUGAGUUCAGCACAGGUGUUUAUUAUCAAACUGCAGGAGGCAUUUUAGGUUUUAUAACAAAUCAUUCUGGUUUUUAUAAAGAUAUUUUGAUGCCAUUCGUGGCGUGUUCCUUGAAUGUUGAUUGCAUUGCUCCAAUAACUUCACGUUCGUCGACUAUACAUCGUUUUGAUCAAUCUGUUCUAUCAAUUCUUGUGCAUAAAGUUGGUUAUAAAGUAGAAAGUGCAGAACGAUUUCACGGUGAUUUUGGAUCUGCGCUCGAGCUCGAUACAAAUAUGGUAAUAUUUUCUCGUCGUUGGCAUUGUCCAAAAGUGUACGCAUCUGAAGUUGUAUUCCGACAUACAUGCACCUAUUCACCAAUAUUUCGCUCCCGUCAUCGUAUUAAAAUUAUUCAUGAACAUAUAGGUGUACAUCCUUGUGGAACAUUGACAGUUUUCAAGCUUCGUUCAGUUCAGAUAGAGUUACCUGUCUAUCAAGUGUAUAUGAUUCUCUAUAUGAUUUACAUUUUUAUGAUGAGUUGUCUUUAUUGUUGGUCUCCCUAUGUGUUACGUUUUUUGUUAUCAAUUACAAGAAUAAAACAAAGAAAAGUGUAG